AUGCAUCUUGAGAAAGUAACAUCAACUGAAGAAACACAAAUGGAUGGUCGAGAUCUCAUGUGUCCAAUAUGCAUGACUAUUGCCGAAGAUCCUCAUAUAACAUCAUGUUGUCAUCGAGUAUUUUGUUCAAAAGAUGCUAGUUCAAGAAAAUAUGAUAAUGGUUGCCCAUUAUGUCGUGCAGAGAAUUAUUCAUUUCAACAAUCUGAUAAACAUAAAGCAAUGCUUGAUAAACUUACAAUGAAAUGUACGUGUUCAGAACGAAUUCUUCAGCAUGAACAUCAGUAUCAUAUGGAACGAUGUUUAGAUGUAAAAUUUACUUGCCCUCAUAGUGCCUGUAAAGAAAGAAAUGAUAGAACAGAAUACAAUUCUGAACAACUUGUCAACCAUCUUGCACGAGCACAUUGUGAUGAAGUGCCAAUUCUUGGUUCUACAUACAUAAAUAAAAAAUCUCUCGAACCAUAUAAAAAAGUAUCAGCUAAAUAUGAUGAUCUUGUUUCGACAUUGUAUUCCGAACUUUAUCCGAAAAUGAUUGAUAUAAAAAUAAAAAGUUCAUCACAUAUUCAAGAAAAGUCUCCAAUAUUUAAAUGUCCAUCAGGACAUCCAUUAAUUGAUGCUGAUCGCACAAAACGUAAACGUAAAGAUGGCAGUGCUUAUUCUUCAUCAGGAUUUAGUUGUGACAUAUGCCAUCGAUCAUUUUCAAAUGGUCAUUCAUGGCAUUGUUCAUGCACUCAAAGUGGUUAUGAUAAAUGUGUUGGUUGUGUUGUUUUUGAAUUAUAUGAUAUUAGCAAUGAUGCAUUACAAAUAGCAAGUCAAGAUAAUGAAGAACAACAACGACGUUACAGACGACAAACAAUACGAAAUACUGUACGUUUACCACGAGGAUUAUUUCGGUUAUUAACCGGAAAUAUGGAUGAAGAUGAAGAUGAUGAUGAUGAUGAUGAUACUGAUGAUAUAGUAUUAAGACAUGCAACAUCAUUUAUCAAUCAACAUAGUACAUUUGAAGGAACAGAUGAUGAUGAAGUUGAAGUUAAUCUUCGUGAAGAUUAA